AUGGCGUGGGAGCAGAACCAGUCCGCGGAUUACUACUACGAGGAGAGUGAGCUCAACAGCACGCACGACUACAGCCUGUACGAGGCGAUCUGCAUUAAGGAAGAGGUCAGGCAGUUUGCAAAAAUCUUCCUGCCCGUCUUCUUCACCAUCACCUUCAUCACCGGCCUGGCGGGCAACUCUGUCGUCGUGGCCAUUUACGCCUUUUACAAGAAGCAGAAGACCAAAACCGACGUGUACAUCUUGAACCUGGCCGUGGCCGAUUUACUCCUGCUUGUUACUCUGCCUUUCUGGGCGGUGAACGCCGUCCACGGCUGGGUGCUGGGGAAAGCCAUGUGCAAGGUGACCUCGGCCUUGUACACCGUUAACUUCGUGUCCGGGAUGCACUUCCUGGCUUGUAUCAGCGUAGACCGGUACCUGGCGGUCACCAGAGGUGCUGGCCCGUCCAGGGCGGGCAAGCCGAGCUGGCUCAUCUGCCUCUGGGUGUGGCUGGCUGCCACCUUGCUGAGCAUCCCCCAGCUGCUGUUCCACACGGUCAACAGCCAGGCCCGCUGCAUCCCCAUCUUCCCCCAUCACCUGGGGACCUCAGUCAAAGCCUCCAUCUGGCUGCUGGAGAUCUGCUUUGGAUUCCUCGUCCCCUUCCUCAUCAUGGGGGUGUGUUAUUUCAUCACGGCCAGGACGCUCAUCAGGACGCCGGACAUUAAGAAGUCCCGACCCCUCAAAGUGGUGCUGGCCGUGGUCCUGGUGUUCAUCGCCACGCAGCUGCCUUACAACAUCGUCAAGCUCUGCCAGGCCGUGGACAUCAUCUACGCCCUGGUCACCGACUGCGAGGCCAGCAAGCGCAUGGAUGUGGCCAUCCAGGUCACAGAGAGCCUCGCGCUCUUCCACAGCUGCCUCAACCCGAUCCUCUACGUCUUCAUGGGGGCCUCUUUCAAAAACCACCUCAUGAAAGUGGCCAAGAAAUACGGGUCCUGGAGAAGGCGGCAGCGACAGGUGGAAGACAUUCCCUUCGACUCGGAGGAGCCUACGGAGCCCACCAGCACCUUCAGCAUCUAA